AGAGAUGUGGAUAUAAGACCUACCUGAGACAGACGAAGAGGCAUCAGAGAAGAUGAAGACUCUGUGUGUUGCUGUUGUUUUGCUGAGUCUCACCUCGGUGGGCCAGCCUGCGACGCUGGCCUGUGAGAAGCUGCUGAAGUCAGACGACCGAUCUCCAAAUUUGACUGGGAGGUGGUACUUCAUAGCCGUGUCCACGGACUCCUGUAUGGUAACAACAUUACUGAAUGCAGUUUUUUGGCCAAGUCUUGCAGUAGACAUCACCUCUAAGGACACGCCCAAACUCUUUGAUGCCAAGUUUUCAAUUAAGAUGUAUGGAUACUGUGAGAGUGAAUCAGACCAGUUUUGGUAUGACAACAACACCCUGUUAGAUGUCGACAGCAACAAUCUUCCAACCGGUAAACCAGAUCAGCUGGUGCAGACCAGCUGUUCUGACUGCAUCAUUAUAAAGACCGAGGACGACCAGAUCCUGAGUGCUUUCUUGCUUUUAAGUAGGAGAAAGACUGUCACUACUGAUGAGCUGAAGGAGUUUGAGGCACAGGUCAAGUGUAUGGGCUGGUUCAAACCGCAGGUCUUAAACACAGAUCACGAGUACCAAAACUGCUCGUCACUUGAGACUGCUGAAAAUGAUUCUUCAAGAUUAUCAAACAUGAUUUAUGAAAGACUGAAAACCACGUACACCGAGCCCCUCCAGUGUCUUGCCGAAACCCUUAUGUAUUACCCCAAAACUGCCUAUGAGUGGGCUCAAGAAAGUUGGGCCUCUCUUUGGUAAAUGUGCUGGUGCACAGCUAUGAUAAAAAUUCACUCACACGAUCAUGUUUUUGUGAAAUGGUGCAACCCUACUCAAGAUGUUGACUUGCUUGAUGGGGAACUGGUUACUGAUUGAUUUACUGUUUUAAAAGAUGAAGACUCUCUAACCCAAUAAGACCCCCUUUGUCUACAUUCAGGUUUUAAGCGGUGAUCUGUAGUGCUUUUCGACAACAUGUUCCCUCUUUCAGACAGUUCAGUCACCAUUAAUAAUGACUGAUUUUUCCUCAUCAAAAAAAUAAAUGAUUGGUGAAAUGUAA